AUGGAUCAGCUUCCUGCAGAUGUGCUGCUGGGUAAUGAUGUUGGAGACAUCUGCUGCAGCAUCACAUGGAGACAGGCAGAGUUGGACGAGCCACCGGCAGUUGUCCAGGAGCUCCGCCUCCAUGUCAAUGAACUCCCUCUGCAUCUUCGGGUUGGAUAUAAAGAGCCCGGGGGAAUCAUAGUUGCCCCAGCUCAGCAGCUGAAUCACAGUUGCCCUCAGCUCAGCAGCAGAAUCAGCAGUUGGUUGGGAGUUGCCCAUUCCCUUGAGGUGCCAGUCAUGUUUGGUCUCUGGAUCUUGCUAGCCUCGUCUCUCAGUGGGGUGCACAGUCAGUUCCCCAGAGGUUGCACCACAAAUGAAGCAUUACAGAAAAGGACCUGUUGCCCAGAAUGGACAGAUGGAACCCCUUGUGGUUCUGGAUCAGGACGUGGAGCGUGUCGGCCCUGGGUGGCCCCUGUUAUUCCUGAGAAGUUUGAAGAGUUACUGUAUGAUGAUCGGUUAAACUGGCCACAUCACUAUUAUGACAGUACCUGCCAGUGCUUUGGGACAUUUAGUGGCUUCAAUUGUGGCUAUUGCAAAUAUGGUUACUAUGGUGAAAAAUGUGAUCAGAAAAAGACUGUGGUACGGAAAGAGAUCCGGGAACUUACCUUGGUAGAGAGGAACAGGUUCUUCAGUUACUUGGCUCUUGCUAAGACAACCAAAAGCAAGGACUUUGUGGUGCUCACCACCGGAGACAGACACAACAGUGACACAUAUACAUUUGUGGAUGCUUCAAUCUAUGAUGUGUUUUCUUGGAUCCAUUAUUACUCCAUGAAGCCAAUUAUGAUAAAAAGUGCAUUUAUUGAUUCAAAAACCUAUGCCCACCAAGGUCCUGCUUUCCCAGGGUGGCAUCGCCUGGGACUUUUGUUCUUGGAGAGAGAAAUUCAGCUCAUGACUGGAGAUGAAGACUUUGCUCUUCCAUAUUAUGAUUGGAGAGGAGAGAAGAAUUGCUCCAUCUGUACCAACGAUUUCCUAGGAGAUAAUGAUGCGCAGGGGAACCUGAGUCCUUAUUCCCACUUCUCCUAUUGGAAGGUUAUAUGCAGUGGUUAUGAUUACCCAGCUGUCUACUGCCGAGACCAUGAGGAACAUACAAUGGAAAAGCUGCUGAGGAAACCUGGCUCUGACCCUCUGAAUAGCAGAUUCCCCUCAUUCCAAGAUGUAGAGGAUACACUCAAGUGGCAGAACUUUGACACCUCUCCAUAUGAUGAAACAGCAAGAGAAAGUUUCCGGAACUCGCUAGAAGGGUUUCUGAAUCCAUCAGAUGGAGUUACCUUGGAGAGGAACAUGCACAACCUUGUCCAUAUGUACUUGGGAGGAACUAUGUCCCAAGUGCCCAUCUCCUGUAAUGACCCAAUGUUCGUGCUGCACCAUAACUUUAUUGACAAGAUAUUGGAAACAUGGAUUAAAAAAUAUAAUGGGGCCCCAAAAUUCUACCCUGAGAAUAGACAGCCUGGCCAGAGGCCCUAUGAGUGCGCUACCCCCUACUUCCCCUGUUAUCGAAAUAAAGACCUUCUCCAGACGUCUCGUCACUAUGGAUACACUUACUCUAAUUAUCAAGAGUUUGGGCCUGGAGACACUUAUGAGGGAAUUAUCACUGCAGCGACCAAAUAUAUCUUCUCAGCCUUGAGGCAUCUCCUACCCUGAUCUGCUUCGACCAUCUGAUCCCAACCUGGAACCCUCUUCUGAUCUAAGAACCCCUUACUAUUAAUCUCAUACCCUGGAAUAAUUGACUGCCCUCAUAUGCGCCCAGUCAUGUGAUCUCAGCCUGGAAGGGUAAAGGCAGGUUGACAAGGAAGGGGCCAAGGAAUUAGGGCAAUGUGAAGGCUACUCAUGAGUCAGAUCAGGCCAUAGAUACUGCUCUAUUGGUUAUUGAGUGCUUGUUAAUAAGUCAGUUGUUGUUCCAUUUAAUGGAAUGGUCUAAAUAAAAGUCCCUGCAGCUGUCAA